AUGCCCAUCAAUGUUGACGAUGUCAUGAAACUGUUCUGCCACCUCUCUCAGGAGAAGGGGAUGAAAGCUGCUGUCAAACACUCUGGUCGAGGAGCACUGCUAGCAGGUGCAACAGCAUUUAUUGGAGGUCUGGUGGGAGGUCCACCUGGAAUUGCUGUAGGAGGAGCAUUCGGUGGAUUGCUUGGUGCCUGGAUGACUACUGGGCAGUUCAGGCCAGUCCCUCAGAUUUUG